AUGUUGCUCUCCCAAUGGCUGUCUUUUGUGUGCAUGAUCAUCGUCGUAUCUGUGGCAGAAGGAUAUGAGACUGUAGAUGACGCAGCCAUCCUGGCUAGGAUGCUUGUCGAUUCGUCCGAAUCGGUGGGCACGAUGGCAACGAUCUACCCCGAAACACACCCAGACCUAGCAGGUAUUCCGUUUUCGCUACAGGAAUAUUAUGCCAGCUGCCAUGGAAAUGGCUCGCUCACUCUUCUCCUCAUGCCUAUCUCUCGACAUGGCCGCAACAUCUUAUCCUCGGAGAGUCACGAAGCUUCAAUAUCCAUAACAACUGCCCGCCCAGAUGCCAGUCGUGCUCGUGUUGCGUUAAUGGGUAGUGUAACCGUGUAUAAGGACAUCAAGAACGUACCAAAUGUUGGAAGCAUUUCCUUGUGCUACCUCGCGCGACAUCCGGACGCUCGUCGUUGGCUUCCGGGGCCGCGUGAACCUCACAUCGCUUAUUGGGCGAUAUUUGACCCCCACACGGUUUACUACGUAGGAGGGUUCGGGAGCGAGCACUACAUUGGAUACAUACCGCUGGGGAUGUAUCAAUCACCGGACUCUUCGCAUGCUAACGACAGGCCCAACCUCGUCGAGCAGUAUGCAACCUGGAGCUCUUGUUUUUCAUGA